CCAAACUCCACAAAACCUGCAACACACUCAAUUAUACGCACAACAUGCAAACAAUAAUAAACAUCACUGACCAUCCAAGUAUUUCUUCUAUAUAUGUAGACUCUCACUCUUUUACGACUCAAAGAGCAAAGAGCUAAAGUCCAAAACCAAACACAAAAACAAAAAUCUAAAUUUCUUUCUUGGUCUGCUUUCAAUAUGGCUCCUCUACCUAUUUCUUCGAUUAGAGUUGGGAAAAUAGAUGAUGUUCAAGAACUCAUAAAAUCCAAACCAAACAAAGUUCCAGAGAGAUUCAUUAGAGAAGAGUAUGAGAGAGGAGUCGUUGUGUCGUCUCUUAAGACUCAUCAUCUUCAUCAUCAGAUUCCUGUUAUUGAUCUCUCUAAGCUCUCUAAACCCGACAAUGAUGAUUUUUUCUUUGAGAUUCUUAAGCUCUCACAAGCUUGUGAAGACUGGGGAUUUUUCCAGGUUAUAAAUCAUGGGAUAGAAGUGGAGGUUGUGGAAGAUAUAGAGGAAGUGGCUUCAGAGUUCUUUGAUAUGCCAUUGGAGGAGAAGAAGAAGUAUCCAAUGGAGCCAGGUACCGUACAAGGUUAUGGUCAAGCUUUCAUAUUCUCCGAAGAUCAGAAACUUGAUUGGUGCAACAUGUUUGCCCUUGGUGUUCAUCCUCCACAAAUUCGCAACCCCAAACUAUGGCCCUCUAAACCGGCCCGGUUCAGUGAAAGUCUUGAAGGUUACUCAAAAGAGAUAAGGGAACUAUGCAAAAGGUUGUUGAAGUAUAUAGCAAUAAGCUUGGGUCUAAAAGAAGAGAGAUUUGAGGAAAUGUUUGGGGAGGCAGUGCAAGCAGUGAGGAUGAAUUAUUACCCUCCAUGUUCAAGUCCUGAUCUUGUCUUAGGACUUAGUCCACAUUCUGAUGGAAGUGCUCUCACUGUUCUUCAACAGAGCAAGAACAGUUGUGUUGGCCUUCAGAUCCUCAAAGACAACACUUGGGUCCCUGUUAAACCUCUUCCCAAUGCCCUUGUCAUCAACAUUGGUGAUACCAUUGAGGUGCUAAGUAAUGGGAAAUACAAGAGUGUAGAGCAUAGGGCAGUAACAAACAGGGAAAAGGAGAGGCUUACAAUAGUGACAUUCUAUGCACCAAACUAUGAGGUUGAAAUAGAACCAAUGAGUGAGUUGGUUGAUGAUGAGACCAACCCAUGCAAGUAUAGAAGCUACAAUCAUGGUGACUAUAGUUAUCACUAUGUCUCCAACAAGCUCCAAGGCAAGAAGUCCCUUGAUUUUGCCAAGAUUCUCAAUUAAACUAUUAUUAAUUUCACCCCAUCAAAUCUCCAUUAACUAGUUACCACUUAAUUUGCUUUCUUUAAUAAGAAAAAUUAUUUGUUGAACUUUUGUGUGUAUAAUGUAUAGGAAUGUUCCCCACCUAGGGUUUUUAAUGUCAUGAUUAAAUUCCCCAAUGUGAAUACAACUUGUAAUAUUUUAUAUGUAUGUGUGUGUGUGGGUGGAAUUAGGUGUGUGUUUUAUGUAUAUACCGAAAAGGAACAACAACAAAAAAAAAGAUGAAAAAACUAACAUUUCAUCCAAUUUUUUAUGUUGAUUAUAUUCUUGCAUUUAGUUUCAUUAAUUUGUAUCAUUAUAAAA